CAACAAAAGUAGUAACAAAACUGUAGUAAUUAUCAAAAUACUCAACGGCGAUUUAUUGUACUGCAUCGUUAAUUAAUAAAAGCAAUUUAAUUGAACAAUGGGAAGAAGUAAAAUAAAAUAAGUGCAUUCGUUCGUAUCAAAUUAAAACAAAAUGAGUACAUGGAGAAUGGCCGGGCUGAACUACGUGAAUUAUUCAAACAUAGCUGCGAAAAUCUUAAGGAAGUCGCUGAAGUCCAAUUUAAGAGAAGAUGCAGCGAAACGCGACCAAUCUUUCAUCAAGUGUUUCUUCUGGGUCAAAGGAAACCCUUUACCGCUUGGUGAAAAACCGAAACCGGAUAAGGAACCCACUUGACAUAAUAACCUUUUAAUUGUACUAAUAAAUUGUUAAGAAUAUUA